AUGAAGAUAGGUUGCCUACAAUUUGCCCCAGAGGUCGGCGAUGUCGGCAACAACCUCAACCGGGCCGACGACAUCCUCAACAAGGCGCAGAACAUCGAGGACAUUGACCUUCUUGUGCUCCCUGAGCUGGCUUUUACCGGCUACAACUUCCGGUCCUUGAGCGAAAUCAGCCCUUUUCUAGAACACUCCGGCCGGGGCAUCAGCGCAUUGUGGGCGCAGACGACCGCGCUCAGAUUGAACUGCAAUGUCAUCGUCGGCUACCCCGAAACAGUCGACGUGUCCCACAAGUGGCCGGCCUCGCCCGAGUUCUACAAUGCCGCCAUCGUCGUGAGCAAGGACGGCGAAACCAUUGGCAACUACCGCAAGUCGUUUCUCUACGCCGUCGACGAGACGUGGGCACUCGAAGGUCAGGAUGGCUUCUUCGAAGGCCACAUCGACGGGCUCGGCGAUGUUGCCAUGGGCAUUUGCAUGGAUUUGAAUCCCUAUAAAUUCGAGGCGCCAUGGCAUAACUUUGAGUUUGCCUUUCACGCCCUCGAGAUCAAGGCGAACCUGGUCAUCGUCACCAUGGCAUGGCUCACACGCGAAAAUGCUGAAACAAUUUCAGAAAUCCCGCAAGAGCCUGAUUUCCAGACCCUCGAAUACUGGGUGCAACGCCUGGAGCCCCUCAUCCGCAGAGGGUCCAGAGAGGAGAUCGUUGUCGUCUUUUGUAACCGAUGUGGCAUGGAAGGCGAUGCCGUCUACGCAGGCACGAGCUCUGUCAUCGGUAUCAAGAACGGCGAGGUCAACAUCUAUGGUGUCCUCGGCCGCGGCCUGAAGGAGGUGCUCGUGGUUGACACGAACAACCCACCCCUCGCCAAGCUGCUCAGAACCAGCCAUGGCCGGCGGCCUGGUGCUGCCGAAAGUGACGGAUACGACUCAAAUCAGAGCAUUGCAGGAUCCUCGCCAAAUGUCUCUCGGAAAUCGACACCAUUUCCGCCAAGACAAGCAUUUCAUCCGUUUCGUGGCGAUGGUGCCUCCGAGGAGCACGAUGGUGGAGCAGCUCAAGGAACACAGAACGAAGACGUUGAUGAUGCCUGGGAGAUUAUGUCGACCGCUGCAUCGCACGGGUCCGCUCCCAGCCUCUAUUCUCACUCGGGGGCUAUGCCGCCGAGAAACCAGAUGCCCAGACUCGAGCUGCAAAUACCGUACAGCACGGGGACUGCCGGAUCCCUGUCAAAGUUAAACGACUCUCGUCACGCCACGCAGAACCGGCAAGGAAAGCCUCCUGCUGUUGUGGCAGGCGAUGUCCUCACUCCCACUGCUCCCAGCCCAACGCCCAUGUCUGUGAGGCCUUAUUUCAACACGCCAGAUGUGAAGCCCUCAUCUACACCCGCGAAGACAGACGGCAUUGCGCACGGAGACGUUACUGUCAAGGCGAGAAGGUCCUAUACGUCCGAGACACCACCACCGAGAUCCGGAACAAAGGAGAAAGCGCGCGGCCCAACCUCGGCCUCUGGAGCAUCGCCCCUUCGCCCACUUAAGGAGGAAAGCACUCAAAUCAGCACGCCAGAUCCCAGAGACCAUGCGGUAGCCAACAAACAGCCGCAUAGACAAGUGAACGGCGUCGACAAGCAAAGCAAUCUCAAAACCGACCCUAAAAAGACCCAUCGUCCAAGAGCCUCGUCGCUCUCAACAAAAGCAGACCAAACCAGGUCACAAGCACCUGUGUCGGUAACCCCUGCAAUUAUGAGCGCCAUCCCCACGUCCACGACGUACGAUUCGAUUUGGGCCGAUGUUCGUCGCAACCUGGACGUUCCAGACAGUGGCUCCAAAAGAGAUUCCAUGUUCUGCCAGCCCGACUUGGACGACGUCAUCCUCUUCGGGUGGCCAUUUUCUCAGAUGGAGAGUCAAGAGGAGGAAUCGAUCUCUCAGGCUCAAGAGGAAUUUUCUCGUUUAGUACAUGCCAGCAACAAAUUGUCGUCAUCUGCCAUGUUUAGCCCGUCUGCUCACCCUGAGCACCCUGAGCACCCAUCGUCUGCAAGGCCCAGCAACGCAACCGCCUCCCGAUUCUCCAGAGGUUCCGACAAGGCCAAUCUGCGUCGGAGCAUGAGCCAAUCACACAUGGCCAGCCUUUUCUCGACCAGUCCUACUGACCUCCGUCAACAGACGGUCUCGCACUCACGGACACGGCGAUCUGAGCUUCCAAUCCAUCUUCGGUCAGAAGAAGCCACAGAUCUCAGCCCAUCUUCCCGGUCUGGACACAGCCGGCAGUCAUCCGAGUCGAGAUAUCAAUUGGACCCUAGUUACAUAGAGGCGUGGCGAGCGAACUCUCCAAAUGUGUACUCAUCAACCCCGACCGGAAACAACACGCCCUCUCAACGAGCAAGCGGGUCGGGCACACGCAUCAAGCAGCCAUUGCGCCCCGUCAGCCGAGGCCGCCAACCCACUUCCCAAGGACAUGCGGCCAGCGGUACUGGCACGCUGACGAAACCAGGUCCCAAUGGACAAUCCAGGCGCACGUCGGGCAGUAUGGAUCGCGGAAGACAGAUUUCGAGCAGUCGAGCAACUGCGUCCGUUUCUCGGUCGGCAUUGUCGUCAGCUCUACCAUCGCGUGAUCAGUCCCAGUCCACCAACUCAUCAUCAUCUUGGCUUCUCGGAACACCUCCAUUGGCACACACGCAGCCGCCCUUGGAUCCUGGCGACGAGAUUAUCGCAAUGAUCAACGUCAUCCGGAACGGCUGUCCGACCCAUGACUCAAGAGCCCCGUCUCUCGAGCCGCAGUCACAACGUCAAACGAUGAAGCAUGAUCGGAGUCAAAGUCAGACCCAAAACAGGAGUCAGGCCCAGGGCCAAGGCCAAGACCCGAGGCAAAGUCGGCAGUCUUCGCAGCAGCGGGAACAGCCAGUGUGGCAGCAGCAGCGACAAGGGACGACCGGGAUCCGGGCAUCGAACCAGCAGCAACCGCCAUCGCAGCAACUCCUUUUGCAGCAGCAGCAGCAGCAGCACCAACAACAACAACAACAACAACAACAACAACAACAACAACAACGGCAUCCUUCACAAGCGCCCACGGCACAAGGCGACAACGCCCAGGAGCCGAUUUAUGAAAUUAUUUUGCCGCCCCAUCUUCGCGAGCUGGUGGAGACGAUGUCGAGCCCAGACCCCCGUGCCGAGUCAGCGACGUAUGCACUCGAUUCCAAGAGACACGAUCGCGCUGCGCCGAAAUUCAAUCCUCCUACCCCGACCGCUAUGAAAUUCGACACAAAUGAGGAAGAGGGCACGCCAGCAGCUGCUUGA